AUGGUGGACCGCGGUGCCUUCCACGGGCUGGAGGACACGCUGACGCACCUGGUGCUGCGCGAGCCGGCGGCGCACAAGUUCGCCUUCGACGCGCUCGACGACCUGCACGUGCUAGAGUCGCUGCUGAUCGAGCAGACGCCGCUGCAGACGCUGCCGUCACUGGCGCGCGCCGACCGGCUGCGACUGCUGAGUAUUAACAGUACGGGCAUUGGCCAGAUCCCAAGCCGGGCGUUCCGCGGUGCGCCCGAGCUGCGCGUGCUGCACUACACCUUCAACCCGACGGCCACGCUCGGCGAGAACUCGCUGCUCGGCCUGGCCAUGCUGCGCGUGGCCAAUUUCAGCUUCAACAGCAUCGAGUACAUCCACCCUCGCGCCUUCUUCCCCACGCAGCACCUGGAUCACCUAUCAUUCGCCGGGAACGGCGUGCGGGACGCCAGCGUGGUGACGAUCGCGGCCAGAGAGGCCCAGAGCUUGCGGCGGCUUGACCUCAGUGGCAACCUGAUCGAGUACGUCAAGACGGGUACGUUCGUUGACCUGAAAAAUAUGGAAAUUCUCAACUUGAGGCAGAAUUUCAUCACCAAGGUGGAUCAGGACGCGUUCCACGUUCUUCCGCGUCUCAAACGGUUGGACCUUACCAACAAUUAUGUCAACUCGCUGAAAAAGGACGCAUUUUUCAGCAUGGAAAGCCUGGAGCAGCUAUUGCUGAAGCAGAACAACAUCACCGAUCUAACAGGAAGUGCGGCAGUAUUACGGAUGCUGCCGAAUCUGCGAGUGUUGGAUCUGAGCAUGAACUUGAUCGAGUCUGUACCAGGCAACACCUUCGCACAUCCUGCGCUGGAGAUCUUGUAUCUGAACCACAACAACAUCAAACAGGUGGACAGGAACGGCUUCAAGAACAUGCCUGACUUGCGGGAGCUGCACAUGCACCAUAACUUCCUGGUGAUGGAGCAGGGCGGCAGCGACUGGUGGAACCUGCCCAAGCUGACCCUCCUUGACCUCUCCUUCAACGACAUGACCCACCUGCACGCCAGCGUUCUUCGCAAUGUCACGCAGCUGGAGCACGCCGACUUCAGCUACAACAUCAUCAACGUGGUGGAUGAGAAUGCCUUCGUGGGAACGGCCAAACUCAAGUUCCUGAAUCUGUCGUUCAACUCGCUGCCGAAGAUAUACCCGAUGACUUUCAAGAAUCUCAAGGAGCUGCGUCAGGUGGACUUGAGCUUUAAUGAGCUAGUGUCCGUAGAAACAGGACAAUUCUCCAGUGCAGAAAACCUCCAAGAUCUCAGAAUGAAAUUCAACAAAAUCGCUGAUAUUCAGCCGAAUUCUUUACCAGUGGGGAACGUGCUUAAAGUCCUCGACCUCUCAUACAAUUUCAUCGCGACGUUCCCCGCCGCUUCAUUGUCAGAACUGCGCGGACUCUCCGAGCUCAGGAUGAAACAGAACAUGCUGCGCGAUCUCCCGGCGCAGUCCCUGCAGAAGCUGACGAAGCUGCGCGAGCUGGACUUUGGUUUCAACAUGCUCUCAAAACUUGACCCGAGCAUCCUGAAAACCAUGAGUGACCUCCGGUCGGUGGAGCUCAGUGGCAAUUUCCUGAAGACUAUCCCACUGGAGCUAUUCGAGGGCAACCAGGAGCUGCGGGUGGUCAACAUCAGCAACAACCUUCUCACCACCAUCCCGCCGAAGACGUUCCAUAACCUAAACCACUUGGAGACGCUGGAUCUCAGGAACAAUACUCUGGUGGAGUUUGAUAACAUGGUCAACCAACUUCCAUCUAUCAGGUAUCUGGACGCCAGUUACAACAACAUCCGUUUCCUCUCGUCUACGACGUUCGAGAACACGCCUUCACUGGAGCACCUGGAGAUGCACCACAACUAUGUGGAGCACAUCAAGAGCAACACGUUCCUCAACAUGCCAUCGUUGAGACAGCUGGACCUCAGCUUCAACGCGAUGGUCGAGAUGGACCCGGGCUCCUUCCGUGGCGACCAGCAGCUGAAGGCGAUAUUCCUCAACAACAACAACCUGCGGCAGCUGAAGGAGGCCACCUUCGUCAAUCUCAACGGUCUGGAGAGAAUAAACCUGCAGGAGAACCAGCUGACGCACCUGUCAGACGAGGCCUACGAAAAUCUACCGGCACUGCGGUCGUACAACCUGUCAGCCAAUCAGCUGGCCACCUUGCCCAGAGGAACGUUUCAGCGUCUGCGGGGGCUUCGAACGAUCGACCUCAGUCACAACCGCAUCCUGGAGGUCAACGACGGAACCUUCAGGUCACUCGCUGACCUCCAAACGCUUAAGCUGAACGACAACGGCAUGUGUCGCAUCCACGACGACGCGUUCGCUGGCCAGCGGAACAUGGACGCCGUGUACCUGCAGAACAACCGGAUCCGCUCGCUGCGCAAGCCGCUGUUCCGGCGCGUCCGGACCGUGCUCCACCAGCUGGACGUCUCAGGUAACCCGCUGCGGUGCGACUGCGAGAUCCAGUGGCUGCGCGAGUGGCUGGGUGACCUACGCGCGCGCCACCCGCCGGCCGGCCGCCACUUGCACGAGCCCAUCUGCUACUACCCUCAGGAGAUGCGCGGCGUGCCCAUGCUGCGCACGAGGGAGAACGACUUCCACUGCGAAAGGGCGUCGUUGGACCACACGGAGCCCUGUCCAGAGUUCACGGACUCGGAGCUCCGCGUGUUCCACCCGACCGAACGGCCUGGCGGCGCGCGCAGGCCGCACCAGCUGGGGCUCGGUCCGGCCGACUACGGCUCACCCCACUACGACCAGCCGCUAGACUCGGCGAACACGAUCGGCUCGCUGCAGUCUGCCGAGCCGUCGUUGGCCGAGGUGGCGCCGCCGCCGGAGGUGACCCGGGCCAACUCGACGCAGAAGCAGACAGACGGGAGCGGCGGCGGCGGACCCAGCGCGCUCGGUAUCCUGGGCACGCUCGGCACACUGGGCACACUCAGCACUUUGCUGCCCAAGCUCGGGCUCACGUUCGGCCUGGGAAGCUCCAACCGCAACUCGGAUCGCGCCGGCCUGGCCGGUGGGGCGCAGGGGCCGCUGCCACCAGGGCUUUACCCGCACAAGCCGCCGUACAGGCCCGACUCGAGCCUCUUCAUCCCGGCCAAGCACGGCCAUAUCCGCCACGACGACUCGGGCGACCCGCACGGUCUGAACGCGUUCGUGUUCCCCGACCCGCAGCUGAACCCGGGCGCGGCCAGCAGCCUAAACGCGGUUGUGUUCGACGGCGAGCGGCGGCCGCCGGCGCGUCGGCCAGAGGUGCCCUCUGUGCCUGAGACAAUCCCGAUGGACGCGCCGUUCGUGCCGAGUCCGCCCUUCGAUCCGUCGCCGCCUAGCACCUCGACCGAGGCGGAAACGGAGCACCCGUACCUGACGGCCGAGGACGAGCUGGGCGACUUCAGCCUGGACAGCCUGCUGCAGAUGAUCGCCGAGCAGACCACGCCGAGCACCGAUGACCAGACGCCGGCACCGAGCACACCCGCGGACGACGGCAGCCCGCUCUGGCACCACACCACGGAGCCAGCCAGCGUAGAGACGACCACAGCAGGUGGCAACCCACUCACGGACAUGCUGGCCGACUGGUUCGACACGGCGGAGCGAGAGACGACGGAGACGGCGCGGCACGACUCCAUCGCGCCCACUGACGCGGCCACCGAGUACACCGUCACGGAGCCGGUCACGGAGAGCGCCGAAACCACCACACCACCCGCCGCCGUCACCACCGAGCAAGUGCCGGCCUCGCACCGGCCGCCGGUGAACCCAGUCGCCGCCCCCACGGAGCCGAGCGCGACGCCCGAGCUUGACACGUUCGCACCCCAACACAACUGGAACACGCCCGCCAACACGACGUACGAGGCGCGCCUGAAAGCUGAGCUGGCCGUCAACGCCAAGGACGAGGACGAGGACGGGGAGCCGAGCUCGACCGCGGCGCCGGAGACGGCCGAGCCGCGCGGCCGUCCCAGCAUCACCAUGGUGCAGCCGUACGACGGCUACCCGCUGCCGCAGUUCAUCGCGCCGGCAGGCGGCGGCACCGGCCCCAUCCGGAGAAUGGCGCCGACGUGGCCCCAGCGGCGGGAGGCGCGCGUGUCCCACCCGGACAGGGUGGUGGAUGGCGGCCUAUUGAUUCGCGGCGUUGGAGAGGACCCCGGCCAUUGGACAGCACAGCAGACGGCUGAGACGGCCCAGGACAUGUGGGGCACGCAGGCUGGAGGUCCGAUUCAGAUCGACAGCAUCUAUUACAAAAAGCGGUAA